UUUCUUCUAAAUUUAUUCAGUUUCAUUGCAUAAAUUAGUUAUAGCCCAGCACGCAUAAUUUUUUCCAUAUGUUGAUGCGGAAGUAAAUACAAUCACUCUCGUCCCGUGAUUUCCAGUUCUCUUGUAAAUAAUACUGUAAAACCUCUGCUGUAAAACGUGAAAAUGUCGACAAGUAAUGAUUACGAUUCUACAUUUAAGAUUUUAGUCUUAGGGGACAGUGGCGUUGGAAAAACAUGUUUAAUUUAUCGUUACACAGAAGGAAUUUUUUCAGAGGCCUACGUCUCCACGAUCGGUAUGUUCAAUCUUGGUAAAAAUUGUGUUAGGUGUUUAUAGUUUGAGUAAAAAUUGAAACUAAAAUUGUUACAAUUUUUGAACUUUUAUUAAUAAAUGUAAAAGGUUGUAUUGAAUUAAGUUGAGCAUGUACUUAUAAAACACAUUCUGUAUUUUCAGUUCAUGAUAAUUGAUAACAAUAAACAGACCACUUGUCAUUUCUGACAUUUCCAUGACAAUUUUACAGGUAUUGAUUGCCGAACUACAAUGCUGGAUGUUGAUGAACUGAAAGUUCGAAUGCAAAUUUGGUAUGCAUUAUAACAUGAAUGUUUGUAUGAUUACACAUGUCUAUAUUUGGUGUUUCAAAUUCCACUGGUGCUACCAUUAUUUGACCAAUCAGAUGCCUUUAAUCGACCCGAUUAACCAAUCAAAUACACAUAUUAAGCCAGAGCCGUAGUGUUUGUCAAAUCUGAACUUAUACAUCUUGUUCAUCACAUUUUAUAGGGAUACUGCUGGGCAAGAGCGUUUUAGAACUUUAACAAGUGCUUAUUACAGAGGAGCUAUGGUAUGAUGUAUAAUUAGGACACAAUAAAUUAUUGGUACAAUUAUUCAAAUUGGACUGCUGUGACAAAUUUAUUCAUAACACAAUAAUGAUACUUCAACAAUGAUACCGUAAAAUAGUUUUCUUAUUUGUCGAACAGGGCGUACUGUUAGUCUAUGAUGUCACGGCCGAGGAAUCCUUCAGUCACAUCAAUUCUUGGUUAAGGAACAUUGACGACGUUAGUCGAUCAUCGUUGUCAGUUUGCCUUCUAUGAAUUUUUGCAGUAGUCUUAAUUGGUGAAUGGAACAUAGUGGUAUUUCAUGGAUUUAAUAUUAAGUAUCUUUCAUUCAGAAUGCAAGUUCUGAUGUGUGUAAAGUAUUAGUGGGGAAUAAAGCUGACGUUGAAGAUGGGAGAGUAAUAUCUAAAGAAAGAGGAGAAAUGGUAAAUACUUGUGAAGUAACAUGAAUUAACUGCCUGAUGUUGAGCGUAAACUAACAUGUUUUCCAGUACACAGGGCUCAAGAUUAGCGGUAUCCCGAUAUCCACGGGAUACUAGAUUUCAAUUUUGGAUACUAGAUAUCAUAGGCUUAGUAUCCCAACGGGAUACUAAAAAAAAUCGUAAUAUUGGCGAAGUUCGUACAUCGCGGCGAAAUGUUCGUCAAAAUAAUAUUUUUUUCGUUGUUUGUCGCGCGAAAACGGAAUGGACCUGAGCACGACGUUAAUUUCUGCCUGUCUAUUUUCGGCAAUGAUUGCUCAGAACAUGAUAACCAAUGAUUACGCGUGAUUUCCUGUCGCCAUCACAAUGCAAUGAAAUUUGACUCGUGUUUUUAUGCCUAUGGUUUUUCCCUGCUAGCACGAGAUAAAAAGCACAUGCUCGAACACAGUUUAUAUACGGGAGGUUUUUGCAAAAAUGUGGAGAUACGUAGUUCGAACUCAGCGAGACAAUCAAGAGAGACGACCAACUUCGAUAACAGCUGCUGAAACAAGUACGCAAGUUCGUGACGAGAGUCCUUCUUUGUCAUCUUCAACCGACUCAACCCAAAUACAACAACAUCAACAAGACACGCAUGGUGAUGAAGGCGCACAAGAUACGGAACAGCAGCCAAAAGAAAUCAAUUAUAACGAGUUACGAACAGCUGAAACGCAGCAGACCCACGAGACCGUAGAAGCCGAGGUACAAGUCGUUGAGGAAGUGAGACGGCCUAAUGUAAUUGCCCAAGCAAGACGCGAUAAAAGAAGCGAUGAAAUUAAACGCAGAUACGAAUCAACAAAGCGCAGCAGAAAAUUUAACCAAAACUGGAAAAAAUCCUUCCCGUGGGUGACCCUGACGAAUGAUAAGAUGUUUUGCAGUACUUGUUUAAACAGCGGGACGCUUUGCGACAAGGAAUCCAAGUUUGUGAAGGGUGGUUGCGGUAAUUUCCAUAUUAAAGCGUUACAAACUCAUCUCGCGAGUGUCAGUGUACAGUGUACUUCAUUUACACACCUGUCCGGCAGCUAUUUACCUUGUUUGGAUACUAUUAUCGAAAUACCUACUAUCCAAAUCUGGGAUACUAAAUUUCAAAUAGGGAUACUAGAUUUUAAGACCCUAGUAUCCAUUUGGAUACUGGUAAAAAAUUCAAAUUUUGAGCCCUGGUACAUAGUUUAGACAAGUUUAACUUUAAGUUAGCUCAAUUGGAUUUCACAAUUAAAAGUUUUUUCUGUUAUUCCUAGGUUGCACAGAAUAAUAAUUUGCAGUUUUUUGAAACAAGUGCAAAAACUGGUGAUGGAGUGAAAGAGGUAGUUUCAAUUUUUAAAAAAAUCACAUCUUUAUUUGCCAAAGCUAGUUCCUGUACACAAGCUGACCGUGAGGAAAGUUUAUAUAUAGUCAUUUAAAUAAUGGAUUAUUGGAUUUGGAUUCUUGCAUUUGAUGUUUCUUUUUUGUAGGCUUUCAAGUGUCUAGCACAUCUUAUUAAGGACCUUAAAGAUAGCAAGGUUUGUGUUAGUGUUCUGCUUGGUUUGCAACAUCAUUUUUUGCAUAUGAUUUAUAACGAGCACAUUUAUUUUAUAACAGGAAUCAAGUCCGCCGGAUGUAUUGAACACUUCGUUACGCAUGCAAAACGAACAGAGUGGCUCAUGUUGUUGAUCAUAAGCCAUAAGAUUGUACAAGAAUUUGCACAAUAAACCAUUUCUGCUGUGCAUCUCAAGUUUUCAAUAUGAUUCAGAAUUACACAAAUACAGACAUCACUAUAUUCCUGAAAUGUGAAUAUUGAAAAUGGUCUCUAAUUUUGGAAAAGUGUCAUCAGUGUAACUGAAAUUGUAAAUAAAAGUUUUUGAUAAUAUAUUGU